AUGGAAAGAGGGAAAGCUUUUGGAACACCCAUGAGCCCCUCCACCUGUCUAGAAUCUGAUACAACAGGAAAAGCAGUCAACAAAAAAUUAUUUCGUGGAAUGAUUGGAUCUCUGCUAUAUCUCACUGCAAGUCGACCAGACAUCAUGUUCAGUGUCUGCAAAUGCGCAAGAUUUCAAUCCGCCCCAAAAGAAUCUCACCUCACUAUUGUGAAACGAAUCAUUCGAUAUCUUAUUGGAACCUCUAAUAUGGGGUUAUGGUAUCCUUUCUCUGAGAAUUUUGAUUUAAUUGGAUAUUCAGAUGCUGACUUUGCAGGUGAUAAAAAUGACAGGAAAAGUACUAGUGGCACUUGCAAUUUUUUGGGAAAAUCUCUUAUUUCCUGGCAUAGUAAGACGCAAACUUCCGUUGCCCUCUCAACUACUGAAUCUGAAGCUAAACAUAUAGAUAUCAAGCAUCAUUUUAUUCGUGAUCAUGUUGAAAAUGGUGAUUUUGUGGUUGAAUUUGUUGAUUCUGAGAAUCAGUUAGCCGAUAUAUUUACAAAACCUUUACUUGAGGCAAUAUUUUGUUUCCUUCGAGAAUGUCUUGGCAUUACUCUUUCUGCAGGAAUGUGA